AUCACCAGACAGUCCCCCUGUGGAGCAGGUCUUUGAAGAGUCACCAGAAAGUCCCUCUGAGAAAAUGGUCUCUGGAAAAAGAGCAGUUAGUCUCACUGGGAAACAGGAUUAUGGUAAUCCAAGGACAUACGACCCAGAUUUUAAGGGCCCUGUUGUCAACAGGAGUUGUACAGAUGUUGUGUGCUGCAUGAUCUUCCUAGUGUUUAUUAUGGGCUACAUUCUUGUAGGACUUGUAGCCUGGGCACACGGCGAUGCCAGGAGAGUGACCUAUCCUACAGACAGCCAGGGCCACUUCUGUGGCCAGAAGGGCACCCCCAAUGAGAACAAGACUAUUUUGUUUUAUUUUAACCUGCUGAGAUGCACCAGUCCUUCUGUGAUGAUAAACCUACAGUGCCCUACCACACAGAUCUGUGUCUCCAAGUGCCCAGAAAAAUUUUUAACCUAUGUGGAAAUGCAAAUUUUGUACAAGAAGAACAGUAGCUACUGGGAAUACUACCGUCAGUUCUGCAAGGCGACCGCUAAGCCCGCCAAGUCUCUUCCCGAACUCCUGAUGGAUGACGACUGUCCUACUGCACUUUUUCCAAGCAAACCUUUUUUCCAGAGAUGUUUCCCUGACUUCACGAGCACAAAUGGCACUUUAACAGUAGGAAAUAAGGUGCAGUUUGAAGAUGGAAGUGGAAGGGUACGAAAUGUUUUGGAACUCAAGGAGGCCGUAAAUGCUAUCAAUAAGAUCCUUGAUGCAAGAGAUAUCACGCUGAAAGUGUUCGAGGACUACGCAACAACUUGGUACUGGAUCAUUAUUGGCCUGACUAUUGCCAUGGUCCUUAGUUGGACAUUUUUGAUACUCCUGAGGUUCAUAGCCGGAUGCCUCUUCUGGCUCUUCAUGUUCGGUGUGCUCCACGUUAUAGGAUACGGAAUAUUGUACUGUUACCAGCAAUAUAACAAGCUUCAGAGAAACCCGAAGUCUUCAUUAUCUCUAUAUGACAUUGGGAUUCAGACUGAUAUAAACAUGUACUUUCAAUUGAAAGAAACAUGGUUCACAUUAAUGAUAACACUCUGCAUCCUUGAAGUGACCAUCAUCCUCUUGCUGGUCUUCCUCAGGAAACAGAUUCGUUUGGCCAUUGUCCUGCUGAAGGAAGGGAGCAAAGCCAUUGCAUACCUCCCUAGCACCUUAGUUUAUCCAGUUUUAACUUUCAUCUUGCUCUCCAUCUGUUUUGCCUACUGGAUCGUGACAGCAGUUUCCUUGGCUACAUCAGGGGUGCCUGUUUACAAAGUUUCAGCCCCAGAGGGGCAAUGUACACAUGAAAAUGAAACCUGUGACCCAAUGAUUUUUAAUACAACGGAUGUGCCCAAAACAUGCCCGGGGGCUCUCUGUAACUUCGCUUUCUAUGGUGGAAAAAGUCUGUACCAUCAGUACAUAACUACCUUGCAUCUGUACAAUCUAUUUCUCUUUCUCUGGCUUGUAAACUUUGUCCUUGCAUUGGCUCAGUGCACCCUUGCUGGUGCCUUUGCUAGUUACUACUGGGCUAUGAAAAAACCUGAUGACAUUCCGAGGCUUCCCCUUUUCACUGCAUUUGGACAAGCAGUACGAUAUCACACAGGAUCCCUAGCAUUUGGAUCAUUAAUUCUUGCAUUAAUUCAAACGUUUAAAGUGAUCCUAGAAUACUUGGACAGACGUCUUAAAAAGGCCGAGAACGUCGUCUCUAAAUUCAUAAAAUGCUGCCUGAUAUGCUGUUUCUGGUGUUUGGAAAAACUGAUCAAAUUUUUAAACAAAAAUGCCUAUAUUAUGAUUGCAAUCUAUGGCAAAAACUUCUGCAGGUCAGCCAGAGAUGCUUUCAACCUUCUGAUGAGAAACAUUUUAAAAGUUGCAGUUACAGAUGAAGUUACACAUUUUGUGUUAAUCCUGGGGAAAAUCCUAAUUUCUGCACUUAUAGGUAUCCUGGCCUUCUUACUCUUUACAGAAAAGAUGCCAGUGAACUUUGGAGGACCCACAUCUUUAAAUUACUACUGGGUACCUUUGCUGACUGUCAUCUUGGGAUCAUACCUAGUUGCCCAUGGCUGCUUCAGUGUCUAUGCAACGUGUGUUGAAACAAUUUUCCUCUGCUUCUUGGAAGAUUUAGAAAGAAACGAAGGUUCGGCUGCAAGACCCUUUUUCGUGAGCCCAUCUCUGAUGAAGAUUUUGUUGGAGCAAGAUUCAUAAACUAAAGACCAGUGGAGGAGCAAACACCACCUCGCAGCCGUGUGUCACCUUUUCGUCCUCUGCUGUCUGUGCAACUCUUGUUCCAUAAGCACUCGGUGUUUAGGGACACCGCUCACGACCUUGCUGGCUUGCAUUUGCAUGUUUUAUACCAAAGCUUACACUGUAAAAUGUGAAGCCAUGGAAAGUUGCAAUGAAAUUGUUAAUAACAUGAAACAUUUUUAUACUAAGACCUUUCGUUUUGUAAUUCAUUUUUAAAUAUAGUGGCUUGGAUGUUUUGAAAAUAUUACUGGGUAUGUUAAUAUUCUUUUAAAUAUUAAAUGGAAAAAGGAUAUGUUAAUUACAUGGAUAGUUCCUAAUAUAUUUUUAAGAUUAUAGCUAAAUGACUUCUUCUGCAGGGAAAAUUGGUAAACAAAGUGAAGUAAACAUUUUUAAAGCUUUCCCCACUCUUGUUUGACAGUAACCAGUAAUAGGACCACCUCACUCCAGUCUUUUGGUACGUAUACAGUGUUUCCUGUUAGACAAAUUCUCAACUGUUCAACCAUUACUACUCUGUCCUCUGACUAAGUGCCUUACUGGCUAUUUAAUAUUACCCAGCUUUGGUGGGUAAGUUUACAAACAUUGUUUAAGAAAAAUUAAAACCUGCGUAGUUUAGUGAUGAAGACAAGUCUUGCGACUGUUUUCCUGUUGCUCACUGAUUGGAAACCACUGGGCAUUUCUCAGUGUUUGAUAUUCUCCGUGUCAGAGCACGUGGUAGGGCCUAAGGAAAAUUCCCUCGUGCCUCGUGGACAUUCACGAAUGUGUGCUACACGCAAGGAAAACAAACACUUGACAGAAAGGACACUUGCUGGCUUUCUUUUGUUUUUAUUAAAAGAAAUUUUUAGAAAUAGUCUUUUGUAUAGUCAAUCUUUAAAAAACACAAUAGGUAUAUAACUGCAUCUUUCUGUGUUUCACACCUACUAGAAAAAGAAACUUCUAGGAAUUACAAAGGGAAAUGUUACCCCAGAAAGGGUGCUCACAGGUGUUACGUACUCAAUAGCUCCAUUAUAUAUGAUGGCUUUCAUCAAAGGCUGUUCUAUGUAUGUCUCGCAUUUUCUAACUUUUGAUACAAAACAGCUUUUUUAUAACAUGUUGAUUGUAAGCAGGACCACUUUCUCAUUCCCUUUGAAACAAGUUGACUAGUAAUACUAACUUUAAAGAGAAUGAAUUCAUAAAAGCAUUCAUCCUAAGGGUAUGUCAACCAUGGUGACAGUUGGUGAACGAUUUGAGAAUCAACAUGAAGUAACAAUGGUUAAUCUAGCAUCACAUUUGUUGAAAUGUGACGUUAGAUGCUCUUAGGCCAAAAAUAAACUCAUGAGGGCAUGACAGUCUGAGCUCUAUAAUCGGUGUGCUUCUGCUGUGCAGAACCAUUAGGGUCGUAUUGUCGAAAUACCUUUGAUAACUAAGAUGUUUCAUACUGAAUGAAAUUUGUUGUUACUCAU